UUACUGAAUUUCAGGUACUUCUCGUAUGAGCAUUUUUAUGUCAUUUACUGCAAAUUUUGGGAGCUCGACACAGACCAUGACUUUUUUAUCGAUAAAGAGAACCUUAUUAGAUAUGGAAACCAUGCCCUUACCUUCAGGAUUGUUGAUAGAAUUUUUUCCCAGGUUCCAAGGAAAUUUACCAGUAAACUUGAAGGGAAGAUGAGUUAUGAAGAUUUUGUUUACUUUAUACUUGCAGAGGAGGACAAGUCAUCAGAACCUAGUUUAGAGUACUGGUUCAAAUGCAUUGAUUUGGAUGAUGGAAUACUUACCCCAAAUGAACUGCUGUUCUUUUAUGAGGAGCAGUUGCAUCGAAUGGAAUGCAUGGCCCAGGAGCCAGUGCUUUUUGAAGACAUAUUAUGUCAGAUAGUUGAUAUGAUUGGACCGGAGAACGAGGGAUACAUCACAUUAAAAGAUGUGAAAGCCAGCAAGCUUUCUGGGAAUGUUUUCAAUAUCCUUUUCAACCUCAACAAGUUCAUUGCUUUUGAAACACGUGAUCCAUUCCUCAUACGUCAGGAACGCGAGGAUCCAACUUUGACAGAGUGGGAUCGUUUUGCACACAGAGAGUAUAUUAGGCUUUCUAUGGAAGAAGAUGGUGAAGAUGCCUCAAAUGCUAGUGGAGAUGUCUGGGACGAAUCACUUGAGGCUCCAUUCUGAUUUUUUUGGACGCAUCAGUGGCUAUGAAUGCUUCAAGAGUCUGUAGCAUAAACGGUAUUACAUUUGGAGAGGCCUGCUGCAGACGUACGGAGCUCCUGUAAUUGUUCUAUAUAGAGGGGUCCCUAUGACUUUAAGUAGAAGGAAAAGGAGCAGGUUGGUUAUAGUACCUCAGGAAGAAGACAGGCACGCUUCUACUUGGAUUUAUUUUUGUCCAUAUACAUUUUUCUUAGACUAAUCCAAAUCAAAUUAAUUUUCUGUAAAAAAUUAUAGCUGGAGUUUUUCCUCUGUUGUCAUGGUCGUCAUUGUAUUUUUUUUUUUUCCUUCACAAAUUCCAUUGCAUUUUUUGUAUUUUAAGUAUGUUCCCUUUAUUAAGUACAUAGUGAGGAGAGAACAUGAGAAGUUUAUUUUCCGGGUAUAAAGGGGUAUUUCUUCAUAAUAUUUUUUAUUUA